AUGUCUCUCACUGGUUCUUUCACCAAACCCCCACAAAUGUACUCUGGGCUCUCAAUGAACAAAUCCAAAUCCAAAGCCUGGCUGCCGCCACCCUCCAACUUGAACUCUCUGAUUACUACCUCCCCUCCAUGUGCGCAUGUCCGAAAAUCAGCAAAGUCCUGCAACACUUUCCUGCCAGACCAAGUACCAGACCAGCAAGUUCUAGAAGAUCUUGAAGCAGUGGUAAAAACGAGACUCGACCUCAAAGAUAAUCAAGAUGGUUUAAGCUUGGGGCGGUGUGCAGUCAUUCUCGAGGCUCUUCAAAAUCCUCAACCAAACACAUUUCCAAAAGAUGAUAGCCUUGCGAGUCAAGUCCUUCGUGCAAGUCCCACCAUGGACUAUGAAAACUUCAUCCCUUGUCAUAUCAAGAAGUCAUUGAGGUUUGGGCCGGUCACCAUCCAGUCCCAUGUCUGGAUCGAUGUGUGCGAGGUCCGAUACACCAUGUAUAAGUGUGGCGCAGAUGGCCACUUCAACUUCAACAGCAAGAAUGCGGAGACAUUCACAGAAGGGACAAUCUACCCUGAGAUCAAGAUGGACGACAUCGAACACAUCUUAAGUGAGGCUGUGGAGAGUUUGAAAGAUUACAUUGUAUCAUUAAUGGAGGGUAUGGGGUUAGAGGAGCCUGCAAUCUGGAGUGUGCGCGAGUCUCGUCCUGUGUGGGACCCCAUGUGGGAGGCUGCUCUGAACCAGAUCUCCACCACCGUCUAUCUUACAGCUUACUGCCGCUACAUGGAUUGGCAGCACCACAAAUAUGAAAAACGCAAGUUAUCAGUCGCUCAGGCUAGUACCGGUACUUCACUCUCAUCUAAUCUAACAACUGGCCUCUUGUCCAACCCCACUACUUCAUCCUUGACCGAUCAGCCACACAUGCCCUCCUCCAGAUUAUCGAUUGAUGCUGAACCUGAACACUCAGCGAAGAAAGCAAAGGUUGACGACAGGAAGGUUCCCAAGUCGAAGUUGAGGAAGUCCAAGAAGGCAAAGGAAAGGGUGAAUGACCUUUAG